AUGGCGAGGACGAAACACUUCACCCCUGGCCCAAAGCGCCGCCAGAGGAAUUUUCAGGGGAGGUCGCCGCAGUCGUCGCGGGGGAAGGGGCGAGGGCGGCGGCGAGAUACUGGUCUCUGAUGACGUUUUCGCCGAUCUAUGUUCUUCUAUCUCUCCCUCCCUUCUUCUGCCUGUCUUCGUCUGGGUCCGAAACCUAGAUGCUCUAGAUCUGUGCGGUAACUCAUACCAUUCGAUUUAGCAGGUGAAUCGAGUCCCAGUGAGGCACCGGAGCUGAGUCGGAGCCCCAGGGUAACCACAUUUCCUCGCGUGAACUGCACAUUCCCAUUUCUCAGCUGAAUACACGUUUCCGCAGGCUUCUGAUCUCCUCUUUACUUCGUUCCUCUGUGUAUCGCAUGAUCUCUCUGUAAAUAAAUUCGGCAGGCUCGUGGAGAAGGUUCCGCAGCUCGGGCCCCCGCUGGUUAUUUUCACUGAACCCGUGAUAUUAGUACCUUUCACUUUUACGCGUUUGCAGUCACCGGCAUCGACGAGAGAUUUUCUCAUUUCCCGCUGUUUGUCCUUGGACAGAGAGAAGCACAAAAAGGACACACAGAUUUAAGCCGGGAACAGUGGCCCUCCGCGAGAUAAGAAAGUAUCAGAAAUCUUCUAUGCUUCUAAUCCCGGCAGCUCCAUUCAUCAGAACCGUGAGUUUCCCUGAUCGUCGGUUCAUAGAUUUGAUUCUUCAAUUUCUGUGUUCUGUCGGAUGUAUCUCGUAGAUGCAUUUACUUUCCGUCCUCUGUCACGUGCCUGAGUAGAUGGUCGUCCACAAUUUCAGGUUAGGGAAGUGACUAGUUAUUGUACCAAAGAAGUUACACGAUGGACGCCUGAAGCACUGGUAGCAAUCCAAGAGGUGACGCGACAACCCCAUCAUUAUUUCCCGCUUUUCUAUGUUAUUCAUGCUAUCAUUUGAAAAUUAUAAGGUGAUCAACAAAUCCGUUUGAUGCACAACGGGAGGACUUUUGGUGAAGGGCCUCUGACUGGCUUCCAGUUGUGGAUCACUGAGAAUGUAGAUCUUUUUAUGUAGCCUGGAAAGACUACUUGUUCAAUCUGGCGAGAUGAACGGUAGUUCUGUCUUUGAAAAAUUGCUCUUUCAAGGGUUUUGCUCAUGAAACAUUGAACCUGUCGAUCAAAUCCCUUGGCAUAUCUUAAGUUGUGGGCCUAACUAAGUAUGUAACAUACUAAUAAGGCUAAAGCUUUUGGUUGUCGAAGCAAUGUGUAGUAAGUGCACCAUGAUAUUGCAUAUUUAAAACAAAAACUUCUACCUUCUCAGAAUUUGAAUGAUAAUUGAUGUUCUCAAAGUGCUCUCAAUGUACUUCUACCAAUCUGGCUUGGGCCUCCAAAUAUAUUAGCUAUUGCUGUUAAGUCGCAUAGAUUUCCGCAGAUCAUGCAGCCUUUAUCAUUUAUAGCACCUGAUGGGGUUGAUGAUGGACAGAAUUGGAGGUUUAAAGUGAUUUUCAUUUUUACAGCAUAUGUAAUUAUUUCGUACUCCUACCUGCUUAAUGUAUCCCAAAGUGUGUUCUCAAUGUCCUUGACCAGGUUUUUUAAUAGUUUCCUCCCUUGAUGGAAAUUACUUGCAUUUUGUACAGUCUACUAGUGAAUCCUGGGAACAUAUUAUAUUUCUGUACGAGUUUCUCCCCUUUGACCGACAACUGAUAUCUUCAGUUUGGCAGCCAGAACGUAUGAUGUUACUAUUUGCCUAAUUGCUGAUGCUUUUAAAAGGUUGAUGUAUUUAUAUUUUAGAUGAUUUCUUUGUGAUUUUUUUUUACUGACUUUUAAGACUAAGUAUUGUUAAACCAUCAAAUUUAAGUGAAGCUAGACAUUCUGGUAUAUUCCUCUGUAGCUGGAUUUAACACAAAAAAAAAAUGGAAUUUUUAAUGUUAAAACAUGUUAUAGAUGAUAUGAACUAUUUUUAGGGAUCCAUUUGCAGGAUAUGUUCUUAAGCCAGUGGGACAAAAGGUUAUUCAGUUCAUCUCUCUCAGUAUGUGUGCUCUGAAUAGAAAUGAUUCUCUUCGAUACCCUGCUGCAAGAUUGACUAUUAUCGUAAGUUUUGAUCAUAAAUAGUUUAUUAGUGCAAAAAGUGUGGCAGACGGAGCUAACAAUCAGCAUAACCUCUUGAACCUGGCUGCCAUUUUAUCAAAGAAGCAGACAUCGAAUUAGCUAGCGAAACCCACUUCGUUUGCUGGUCGACUUAGUCAAUGGCACCGUAUAAUGUAUGUGGCACCGUAUGAGUCAUUAUACCUUGAACAAAACUGUAGAAUGGAAUGAUCGACAUGUCAACUAGGCUACCAGUCCCAUGAUGGCCUAAUGAAGCAAGCCUAAGAAAAAAAAUAGCCAUUUCCUCAAUCCAUCAGGAGGGGAAUUUUGACUACGGCUUCAGUCUAAUCAACAGGUUACACAGACUCUUUUUUUUUUUUUGGGGAAUGAAUGGUUAUCUCCAUGAAUCCAAAGGUCAACAUAUGCAUCCUCAUUUUCUUUUUUGCCUAAUCUUGUUAAAGUGACGCUCUCAAACAAGAAAUGAACACCUAAUUACAUUGUUGUCAUCCUCCACCAGUAUCGAAGACAACUCGUCUCCACAUGGUCUUAGAUUGUUUUAAGAAAGCUUGAUAUUAUAAUAAGUUGGAUGAAGCUCGGAUUUCAUGGUACAUUUGGUUGUCAUUUUGUGUGAACAAUUAUGUCAUCAACAACUUAGUUUCCCCAUUGUUUUCUGUAACGUAUGUGCCCAGGAACUUCAACUUUUGAUAAAUACUAUUUUCUUUUACCAUUUUCUUUGGUAUCAACAAAAUCUUGCGUGUCUGCAUGCGUAGGUAUGUUUGUGUCUGUAUGCAUGCAUUCAUGCUUCGAUCCAUCUAUAAGACCCAUCGGUGGAUGUCCGAGUCUUGAGAAGGCCAUACUAAUGGGGGCAAGUUGGAGGAUGCAGAGACCAAGCAUCCCUCUACCUUGCUAGCAAUCUUCCAGGCGUUCUUGUUGAUAUCUACCAUAAUAUCCUUAGAUUUUACUUUUUUCCUCGAGUUCGUACAUCUUCAGUGGCAUAUUUCUCUCUUUUCUAUGAUCUUUAUUGCGUUUGGCUGGUAGUCCUCCAGAGAUGUUCUUCACCCAAGUGUCCGAGGAGCAUUCUCUCUCUCCCUCUCCCUCUUUCUGUAGCGCUGUUGAGUUGAUGCCUGUUUUGUUACGUCUUCAGGCCGCAGAAGACUUCUUGGUUCAUUUGUUCGAGGACGCAAAUCUCUGUGCGAUUCAUGCCAAACGCGUCACGCUAAGUGGGUGAUACCAUUACCUUUCAUUUGUGUCUGGCCUGUGGUUUAAAAUUAUAUGUCCGGUCGGAGAGAGAGAGAGAGAGAGAGAGGGGGGGGGGGGCUAAUGGGUCAGACUUACCUACAUUGAUGACCAUCCAAAGCAUGCUAGAGUCAAUGGUUUUCCAUAGGUAUCUGUGUUGUCUACGGCGUUGACUCGGGUUGCUGUCCAUGAUGUGGCAGUGCAAAAGGACUGGCAGCUGGCAAGGCGGAUUGGCGGCGGAAGACAUUUCUGAGGCGUCCUCCCUCUUCUCACUGUACCGUUCGCGGCGUUGUACCUGAUUUGGUGGCACUAACCUGCUUCCGCAUUCUCCCCUCUCGACUGAAAUGACGUUCUACACCGGGGUGGUCAUUUUCCUCGAUUCUGUCGAUUAUGUAUGAUAUGUCUUCUCUUUGGUUCUCUUCACUAAGUGUUAAUUGAUCUGACUCAAGCCCACAAAGUCAACUAGCCUGCUCUUGAGAGUCUAGAGGCCCCACCCGCUCCAACUCUCUCUCUCUCUCGCUCCCUCCCUCUGCGUUAGUGUAAAUGGUGCCCCUGUGGGUAGAGCUGAAUUUUUAUUGCAACUGACUCUAGAUUCUCUGGUCUUGGGAUAAAACUCAAGCCCGCAAAGUCAACUAGCCUGUUCUUGAGAGUCUAGAACCCGCACUCUCUCUCUCUCUCUCUGCGUAUGUGUAAAAUGGUUCCCCUGUGGGUAGAGUUGAAUCUUUAUUGCAGUUGACUCUGGAUUCUCUGCUCGUGGGAUAAAAGUCAAAAACUGGCCGGUGUAUUGUCUCCCCCGCUUCUCAUUCAUCAGGAGUGAUCACAUGUAUGGACGAAAUCCAUUGCCUAAUUUGGCAAGUACUUCUCAAUGUCAACCAGGCUUAG